UAUUCAUCAGAAAAGCUCUCUGAGCAAACAGCCAUGGCUCCCAAGGUUCACGGAAGCGUAUUCUCCACUGCAACAAUGCGAGCCUUCGCUACCCUCCACGAGAAAGGUGUCGAAUUCGAGGUUGUCCCCAUUGACAUGAGAGCCGGAGAGCACAAGAAGGAACCUUUCAUCUCCCUCAACCCAUUCGGUCAAGUCCCAGCCUAUGAAGACGGAGAUCUGAAGCUCUUCGAAUCGAGAGCGAUUACGAGACACAUAGCAUUGGAGCACCAUGGGAAAGGAACAGAGCUGAUCUACAACGACGUAAAGAAGAUGACGAGCGUGUCGGUGUGGAUGGAGGUUGAAGCUCAUCACUUCGAUCCAGUUACUUCGAAAUUGGUUUGGGAACAAGUAGUGAAGCCUAUGAUGAUGAGUAUGGAAUCUGAUUCAGCGAUUGUGGAGGAAAACCAGAAGAAGCUAGGUCAGGUUCUUGAUGUGUACGAAGCUAGGUUAUUGAAAUCGAAGUAUUUAGGUGGAGAUGGGUUCACUUUAGCCGAUCUUCAUCACUUGCCUACGAUGCAUUACUUGAUGGGAACAUCGACGAAGGAAGUGUUCGAGUCUCGCCCGCAUGUGAGCGCUUGGGCUAAGGAUAUCAUGGCUCGACCUGCUUGGAAGAAGACCGUUGAGAUGCAGAAGCAAGCUUAAACAGGGUAAUCCAUACUCCAUUGAAGAAGAUAAAAGCCUGAGUGUCUGGCUUUUCUUUCUUGCAAUAAAAGGA